AUGAUGGCCCUCGGCCGCAGCUUUCCCCCUGCUGGUCUGCUCUUUUUCCUCCACCUUCUCUUCCCGUUUGUGCCUUCUCUCUUUCCCGCUGAAGCCGUGCACGGCUCCAGUCCCUGGAAGGUUCGCGCCUCCCCCCGGACUGGUUCGCUGUCCCUCGCGGCGAUUGACGAGGCUGGGCAUGCCCCGUCUUCUCCCGUGACGUCUUUCCCGCCUCCGAAGAACCCCGGAAAGCGGCGGCAGCUGCGAAACCGAACCCACUUUCUUGAUCCACACAGACACACGUGGGACGCGUGGAAGGCUUCGCCGUCCGGCGCGGUGUCCGGGACGGCCUCUCCCCUGCCAAGUGCGUUCUUCUCGAAAUUCUCUUCUCUUUGCGGCUUCUUCGUCGGGGAGACAGCCGCUGAAUCGUCUGGUGAAACGAUCGGCGAUUCGCACGGACGGAUCGGCACAGGCGGGGGGGAACAUCCGGCCGGAGCUGAGAGCGCGUCUCCGGUCAAACGGAAGCGUAGACGGCUGCCGCGCAGCAAAGCGACGGGAAGGCACACGUGUCAGGGCUGGCGCGGUCGACCAAGCGAGGAGGAUGGCUUCCCUUCUUACGCUUUUCUCGGCUCCUCGCUCUCUUCAGCCAGCCUGGGCCCCACUGCCGUCCUCUCGCAAACAGUAGGACGCCGUCUGUGGCCAUCGCAGCCGUCGCGCCUUCCCCAUUCCGCUCUCCCGGACCGACCUAAAUACGCUCGAGAUGCAAACGAAGCGUGCGGCGCAUUUUCGACUUCCGUCCAAAACUGGGCUGAUACGCGCGGCUCCACCCGUCGCGCUCGGAUUCCCGAGGCCUUCUGUCGGAAUGUGCUGGAGGGGCGAGACGCGGAACGAGGGAGAAGGCGCGGCGCGGAAGGCAGCCGAGACGAACUCUUUCGCAGGCCUCCCACGCUCCUCCGCUCGAGCCCUCCGUCGUCGGAGCACGCCGGGAACGAACGCGCAGAAGAAAAGCCUUUGAAGGAACCCCCGGCCUCUGGACUUCCGCGUGCCUUCCCGCACCGCACGUGGGAGCGGUGUCUGUACACCUGGUGGGAGGAGACGCUCGGCGUCUUCGAUGCGGCCACGGCGGCGGCUUCCGUGUUGUCCGAUCGCACCGUUCCUUCUCGUCCACUUUUGGUUGGCCGAGAAGAGAACGCAGACGCGGUUCCUCCAGAGACUUCUGCGAAUGCCUCGCGCGGGCCUUCAGCCCGUCCGAUCGGCCCGCGGCGCUCCCCGCUGUCGCUGGCAGCGAUUCAAAACGAGCUUCGCGGCUGCGAGACGCUUCACGAGAGUUCCCCCGGAGGCCGGGAGAUGGCGACCGACUCCCAAACGCCGUGCAGCUCUCGCAGGAGAGACGCGAACAUGCACAACCAGAGGAGCACGGAUCGAGAGGUACACACGGCGGAAGCAAAGAGCGAACUGAGCGUCGGUCCCAGAGCCUGGACGAGACCGCCACAGGCUGAGAACGAGAGAGAAGCUGUGCGAGACGCACCCCGGUUUCGCUUGCUCAUGCCGCCUCCCAACCUCACGGGACCGCUGCAUCUCGGGCACGCAGCGAGCCUUGCGCUGCAAGAGCUUCUCGUCAGAUUCCGGCGCAUGCUCCUCGUUACUGCGCACGCGCGAGGACGCGGCGAGCGCCAAGAGAGCGCAGACGCUCGUGGAGACGAGGAAGAAGCCGCUGAGCGGCGCGGCGACCGCGAGGAAGACAUGCAGAGUGCCGAAACGGGGGAGACGGGGCGGGCACGCGUUCUUGCGCACGCCGAGCGCGAGCAUGGGACACACGAGCGGACGCAACUCGGCGGGGAGGACCAGGAGACGGACCGUUUCAGGCUGGCUGGGAGCGAGCGAACGUUCGCGGGAAAGAAGGGAGAGGGCGGCAGCAGAGACUGCGGCGAAAACGGACAACGCGGGGCAGGCGCCGGUGUCUUGACCGCCUGUCGCACCGAGUGGAUCCCCGGAACCGACCACGCGGGUCUCGCUAUGGCGUGGCUUCUGCGUCGCCAUGAGCUCCGCGUCCGCGAACGAAGGCAGAGAACUCGCGGACUCCAACAAGACGGAGAGAAGGCCCACGAAGCUGCGCUGCUCAACCGCUGGGUGUCGGUAUGUCGACACGUGAUUGAGCGUCAGCAGCGACGGCUGGGGUGCUCUUGCGACUGGACACGGCGCGUCUAUACACUCGAGAGGUCUUACUGCGACCUCGUGUCUCGCGCGUUUGUCCAGCUGUACCGCCAAAAGUAUAUCCAGAGAGGCACGUACCUCACUCUGUGGGACACGGGGGCGCACACGGCGCUGGCCGAUUUCGAGGUUCUCUACCCUUCCCUGGAUGCCUUUCGCGAGGCAGAGAAGACCGUCCUGGAGGGCAAGACGGCGCGAGAGAACGUCGCGAGCCCGCACGCGCAGACGCCGCGUGCAGGGACACAGGCGAGCGGCGCCGAGGACGAAACAGAGCGAACUCUGGCGGGCGACCCGGAAGCCCCAGGCAACUCCGGGGCGGUCUCGGGGGCAUUCCUGAGAGACGAGAGACGCUCUGAGAAUCGACGGCGAGAGACGGAGAAACCGGGAGAGAAAGCGAAGCGCGAGGAGGCAAGACGAUUCUAUUUCCUCUCCUGUCGGCUGUUGCCAGUCGCCUUGGCCAGCGGGCCCUCGUCCAGGCCACGGGUCGUGGGGGAACUCGCGCUUCCGAGCGUUCCGGCGCAGGCCGCGACUCACGACGGGAGGGACAGCGAGAGGAGCCGAGUCGACGGAGAAGGCCAAAGCGAAGAAGAUGGAGACCCGGAGACGGCGCCCGACAUGCGCGUGGCGAUCUGUCUCGAGGCGCCUCGACAGCUCACACAGAUCACCGCCAUCUGCAUCAAACCACAGGCUUUUCGUCGGCUCUGCGCCCAAGGGGAGGAGCGUGACGCCUCACGUGUCCCUGGUUUUUCACGCGCACCUGCGUCUUCGUGGCAAGUUGAAGUCCCAGGGCUUAACCGGUCCGUACCUCUCGUCGUCCACGAUGGCGAACACCUUCAUCCUCUGGCCGGCGCAGCCGCAGUCCGUCUUCGCCAACUUCGAGGUCUCCAACCUUCUUCUGCGUCUCCAUCUUCCACUCCGUUUCGCCGUGGAGACGCACUCGGCAGUGGAUGCCUUUUGCCCUCCGCUACGGGUCGUGUUCGCUCUCUUCACACGCGGGGUCUCUCUCCAUCGGCGCCGACUGGAGCCGCGAACAGCGGCAGCGAAGCCGGAGAGGCGCGGCGCGAGAAAGAACGGGAGUUGGCCACGCGGACGGAGUUUGUCGGUUUUGCUGUCUUUUCGGGCGAGGACAGCUCCGCGCCGUCUCAGCCCCGUAGGCGAGGGACGGGCGAGGCUCCAGCGCGAGGCGCUGGGUCCGGCGCGGCCUCAGCCGAGACUCGCGGCGCGUCUCCAGGCGCCCCGUCGAAGACUCAAGGCUCUCCAGGAGAUGUCACGCCAGCGAGGGAGGCGCUGCAUGACGUCAUGGCGAGGGAGGACGUCUCGCUGGGCGUUUGGGAAGACGAGCCGGAAGGCGGGGAAGAGGCGGGCGCGCACAAGCCCCGAAGCGGUUUCCUUCUCCAGUGGCCGAGAUGGAUCUCGACUCGUACCGGCGCGGAGGUACAGGCGCGUCUCUCUUCCCAGUGGCUGCUGGACCUCCCGGCCCUCGCCCGAGUCGCCCAGAAGGCGGCGACGCAGCAGCGCGCCUUCCGUCUCCGCGAGUCCUACAGAGAAGACGGCAGAUCUUCCAGUCCUUCAACGGAGAAGGUGCGCGGGGCGUCGUCCAAGGACGAGCAGCUUCAGUCUCCGGAGGCUUCACUGGGAGAAUCCCCUCGAUCUCCGCGCGCUGCAGACGAGAAGGGCGGCUUCCUGUCAGGCGAGACUGAAGACGAGAGGGACGAAGCGCGGCGCGAAGACGAAAGAAACGAAGGGGACGGAGACGAAGGCGGAAAAUCGACAGGACUUCAGCUCCUUCCGGAACGUGUUGAACGCCAAUGGAGUAGAAUCCUGGGAGCAAAAGGCAGUUUGCGGCCUUGGUGCCUGUCGAGACAGCUCGCCUGGGGGGUUCCCGUUCCAGUCUGGCACGUGAAACUCUCUGACGCGCCCGAAAGAGACAGCGAAGAGGGAGGCCAGAGUGCAGGCUUUGAGUGGGACGAAGUGGCUGCAUCUGAAGAAGACAUGUGGCUUUCCGUCGAAGCAGAAAUCGCUUCGCGUCUCCGAGACUUGGGCCUCGACAGUGCGAAGGACCGCGCGACAGCGCUGGUGCGACAGGCACGCAUGCAGCGCUCCGUGGGAGAAAAGAAAGAUCCAAUGCACCACGACGAAAAGCCGCAUGGAGAAGCGCCUCCAGAGACAGAAACACACUCCGAAGGAGACCGCCUGCGCCUCACAGUCACGCGAUCCAGAGACGUCUUGGACACGUGGUUCUCCAGUGCACUCUGGCCUCUCGCAUGCGCUCGGGCGACUCAACAUGAAACCGGACGAGAAACAAGGAAAGAACUCACACAGAUAACGUUUCCGUCUUCCUUCUCACAUUCCCAUCUGCCGGCGUCUUCUUCCUCUCCGUUUGUUUCUGACUCCUCUUCUCCCUCUUCUUCCUCUUCUUCCUCUUCUUCUUCACCUUCCUCUUCGUUUUGGCAUUCUUCCUGCUGGGACUUAUCUGCAGCUUCUGGUUUCCCUUUUGUGCGGCGCCUGUCGGCCCUCUCAGCGGACGCGUUCCAGCUGGAGACCGAACUGGUCACCGGGGAAGACAUUCUGUUCUUCUGGGUACUUCGCCAGUUUAUUUUGUGCUCUGCGCUGACUCAGCGAGCGCCCUUCACGCGCGUCACGCUGCAUGGCCUGUUGGUGGACAGGGACGGCAAGAAGCUGAGCAAAACCAAAGGCAACGUCGAGCGAGGGUACCUGGAUCGGCUUAUAGACGAAGCAGGCGCAGAUGCUUUGCGCUGGACGUUCUUGAGUGCAAUGACGCCGGGCGCUGCCGUCGCGUUCGACGAGGAAGCACUCGCGGCAGCGCGUCGCUUUCUCCACAAACUGUGGAAUGCAGGCAGAUUCAUCGAGCGAUUCGCCUCGCAGUUUCCCCCGCCUGCAUAUGCGCGAACGGAUGCGGAGCCGGCAGGGCGAGAACCCGUCCCGAAAGGCGAGACGAAAGGGACUCAGGGAGGCAGCGAGAGCGACAGAAGAGGAAGAUGCUCUCCGCUGGUUGCGCGCUAUUACUGGAGUCGCGCCCUUCAAGUCGCCCACGAAGUCACAGAGCUGCUGAAGAAGAUGGAAGCAGCCGCGGCGGCCCACGCCGUCCAAACCUUCUUGUGGCUCGACGUCGCGGACUGGUUGCUCCCCGCCGCCGCCGCCGUUCGCGCCCAGAAGGACGGAGACAGAGAAGGGGACAGAGAGAAGGAAGAAGGAGACAGAGAAGGAGAGAGAGUAGAAGAGGACGAAGGAGAGAAUAGAGGCACUGGUGUAGGAGGAGCUGAGGGAAUGAGCUUAGAGCGCCCCGAGCUGGACACGGAGGCUCUCCGCCUCUUUCCCGUCGUGCAGCGCGUGGUUCGCCGGCUGCGGCGGGCUCUGAAGGAGUUUUCGGAGACGCCGAAAAGGGUGAAGAAGACAGAGGGAGACGCGGUAGCCGAGAAAGUCACGGAUCGCAGGGAGGAAGACGAGCGUCGAGAAGGCGCGGAAGCACGCGUCGACGCAGCCCGAGAGUGGAAGACGAGCUGGCCGGAGGAGCCGGCGGGCGCGGCAAGUCGAACUGAAGAGGAUGCAACGCACGGCAAGAUGAGGGAGAAAACGCGGGAGGCAACCCUGAGCGACGAGGCCUGCACGCACGGAGACACAGAAGGAAGAACCAGCAGAAAUCAGACAGGGACGGGAAGAACACCGGCGGCGGGAGAGGGGAGAGAAAAGACGAACAAGACAGUCGACGGAGACGAUCGGACAGCAGACGGUGCAAAGCGCAUGUCGAAGAAAACGGUCGAAGGCGUGCAUGUGGAGAUUCGCGUGAAGGAGAAAAAACUGUUUAACCUCUUGAAGGACGAGGGUUUCUUCGUCGCAGUCUGGGCGGGUCUUCCGCCGGGGGCUCUGGAGGUCGUUUUUGCGCCUCUGUCGAGCGCGUCAGGCGGAACGCGAAAUCUCGGUCCGCCGAGAAGCGAGGAGAGCGCGACGCGGGGCAACGGAGAGGAGGGCGCAGAAGCAGAGGACGGAACAACGAGCGAGGGUGGCGAGGAGACAGAGCUCGACGCCAGCGUUCGAGAAAUAGAAAUCUCGAUUUUUCGCUCUUCGUCGACUUCGUCCGCCUUUUCAGCUGGCGGUGAGACGCUUCGUGGACAGUCGGGAGAAACGGCCGCGGCGGGCGCGUGGCACAUGCGCGCAGCAGCUAAGAUGGGAAACGUCGAGGCGACAGAAGAAGAGAAAGACGCGGAAGGAGAGAAAGGAGCGGAACAAGGAGGAGGAAGCUUCGCUGCGGAGAGCGAAAGAGCUGCACGACAGCGAGGAAAGAGCCAGCGGCUGAGGAGGCAGAUCGAGGAGUUGGAAGCGCGUCUCGCCGUUCCAGAGUAG